CUCAGCCCAACGGGUCGGAAAACCGGGCUCAACAAAAAGGAUUUGAAAGGCGUGAGAUUUGCGGCCAACUGCUGGACGGCUGCCAGUGGAUUGAAAUCUUAAUUAACCAUUUAAUGGCAGUUGGCAGACAACAAAGGCCUAUGCUAUUUUUCCGGAAGCGGGAGCGGCAACAGCAGAAGCAGCAGCCGGAACUGUAGCACAACCAAAAGCCGAUCAGCAGACCAUUCUGCUUUGAGUGUUUUAUGGGCCCUGAGUGACAGCAACAGCCCCAACAACCAACUACCACUGGCAGCAGCAACAUCAACACUAGCUUGGGGGCAAGCAGGAAGUAUCAACACAAGCCGGGGAAACAAAGCAAUCUAUAAAGAUGGCCGGCGGGGGCAGGACAGCCGGCAAAUACGGUUAUUCGGACAACAAUUAUUACAGUAGUCACUCGUACAAGAGCAUCAACGACGAGAUUAUACUGGUCAGCAUCAUCAUGGGGAUUACCAUACUGGUGCUCAUUACCAUCGCCCUGUGCUACAUUGCGUAUGAGAAAUGCCAGAAGAAGCGGGAGUAUUACAUCAACGCCUAAGGGGUUUCCGGACGUACCCGUUCCUUCCGUUAUUUCGCGUUCUUUGUUUCCCUUCUGCAGUGGUGGCACACUGCAAGGCUAAAUGUCAACACGGUCUGCGACAAUGUUGACGUUGACGAUUUAGUUGGCCAACAAAAAUAGCCCGGAAUGGCUGCAUCCGCCCCA